AUGUCUGUGCGGAACAGUCUUGCCAAAGUCUGCUUGGUAGCGUCUCCCUUGAGCUUCUUGAGGUUCGACUCCACUUGGGUACCACGAGUUAAGUCUGGCAACCUUCUCCAGUCUGGUAGAUUGAGGCAAUUGGGCGCCGAUCUGUUUGAUCAGGUACUCGUCGUUCAAUCUUCUUCUCAAACGCCAGAAGAAGAACCGACGAGCGUUGCUCCACUCCAGCUCCUUACGGAUGGUGCCCUUGGCCACCAUGCGUCCAGCUCUGUCGUGCAGGUCGGCAAAUUGCACGGAAAUCUGAGCAUAAAUAGGAAGCAAUUGCUUCUGUCUCUCGCUCAGUUGUUUGGCCAAAGUAGUCUUCUCCUCGGCACUGAUACCUUCGGUAGCAAUCUGGGCACGCAAGCUCUUGCACUUGUCAUCCAGACGGUUCAUGUUGAUGGUUGGGUCAACAACGACCCACGAUCCACCUCUCAGUUCUCCGGUUGGCGGGAUGUAUGUGAAGAUUGGUUGCUUGAAGUCCACAAGAGCGUCCACAAUAUAAGCUCCGUACUUGAGAACCUCGUUGUACAUGUCUCUUUGACCACCAGAGAAUCCUCUCCAGUUGGCCAGAAUCAUCAGUGGCAACUGCUCACCGUUGUUGAAGUCACGGAUGGCUUGAGCAGUCUUGAAGGCCGAGUUUGGAUACCAAACUUGACCGGCUUCUUGCACCAACACCUCGGUAGAAUCUUGGUUGGCGGGGUCGGCAGGAGUCAGAUUCUCCACAGCUCUGGUCUCCACACCGAUAACACCCAUAGGAAUACCUCCAAGACGGGCUCUACCAACAACAACUCCCUUGGCCCAUCCAGACAAUGUUUCUUGGAAAGAGCCACGGUCGAACAAACCGGCCUCGAAGUCGUCCUCGGUACUUCUACCUUCGAUCAACCAUCUGACGUCGUAAGCCUCGUUCUUGACUGGCUUGUCGUCGCUGGCAGUCAAGUGAGAAACACCAUUUCUGUACAUGAUCUGUGUACCACCAAGUUGCAAGUUGGAAGAGUAGACUUCUCUACCAAGAAUCUUGUUGAUGGCUGGAGCACCGGUCAAAAUGAUAGGUUGACCUUCGACUUGGAUAGCUCUUUGACCAAGUCUAACCAAGUAAGCACCGAUACCAACAGAUCUGCAGGUAACCAGAGUGAUGGUGAAAAUGUCUUGGUAAGCUCUGGAGGUGGCACCGGCAAUCAAACCGGACCCCUUCAGACACUCAACACCAAGACCUUCCUCCAUACCAAUGAUGGCAGUGAUGAUAUAACGUUCUUCACCGUUCUCAACAACUCUCUCGGUGGUGACACAGCUGCUCUUUCCGGCCUUGUCAAGAGCCUUAAGGUCCUCAGAAGUCAAGUACAAGUAGGUGAAUCCCUUGCUUGGGUCUGUUGGAUCGUUCCAAUUAACCUUGUAAUAUGGCAAGAGCUCUUCGGCAAUACCAAUUCUGGCACCAGAGUUGGCAGAAAGGUAGACUCUUGGGAUACCCAAGCUUCUAGCAUACUCAGUGACCUUGUUGAAGAAACCGUCCUCUUUUGGACCAAAGGAACCAAUCUUGAAGGUGAUGUCGUUGGCAACAACGGCAAUCUCUCUUCCUCUUGGAUACUCUGGGGUUUUGGCGGUGAUCUUGAAAGCCACCAUACCAAUGUUAUUUGCACCAGGCUCUCUUUCAACCUCAGUCAAACUUCCCGAAUCGUCGGUGAUCAGCUCAACGUACUUGAAGAUGUCUUCAUCAGUGCACAUGAUUCUGAUCUCUGCACCAGUGACUCUCAAACGCCAAAGUCUUCUUCCAAAACGUUCCAAGAAACCACCAAAGGCACUCUCAACAUCUUCAGGAGUAAUGUUGAACACAGCACCGAAAUUGAUGAAGAUGUGGUUCAAGUCGGUGUUGGAGGUGUCAAUGAUCUCCAAAGCGUCCAAGAUAUCACUCAUCAAUCUGUGUGCUUCAGAUGUCAAGUAAUCUGGGGCAGUGAUGUCAUCUUUGAUAGAUCCAGUACGGAUGAUACCUCUGGUGAAGUAUCUCUUGUCAACUCCCGAAGAGUUCUUUGCAACGGCUUCGUAGACAUGGAUAUUUCUGUUCUCGGUUUGCACAGGCUUGAUGUGGAAGUUGGACAAUCUACCCAACUCCAAUUGGAAAGCAAGUGCUGGCUCAAUGUGUCUGAUCACUUCGUCUUCAACGUAGGCACCAUCGGUAGCCUUGUAGGUGAAGUAUUUCGGAUAAGAACCGACUUUGUCACCGACAACAAAAGUGAUUCUUCUAAUCAGAGCAUCUUGCAAUUCGUGUCUGUUGAAGUCGAUGAUUCUGGCGAUUUCUUCCUGAACUUCCUCCUCAGUUUCGUAUCCCUCGGUAGAACCAAUGAAAACGUUACAAACGUUGAUUGGCUCAGAGCUUUCACUGACGGAAGUCAGUUCCAGACCUUUACCCAAGAUCUCGUCAACAUCAUCAAUGUGGGCAGCAGGAACCAGAAUACCGGUUCUGAGAGGUUGAGAGUCAUCUUUGUUGAUCAUAAAGGUCAGAUCAGAGACGGAAAGAGCUCUGUUCAUGGAGGAUGGAGACUUGACGUUACGCAAGGCCUCAGGAACGGAGUUGUAAGCAGCAGUGGAAAGGGCUGGCAAUUGAAAUCUCCAUGCAACAACUGGGGAAGACUUGGUCGAAGUAACGUGGUGCUCGACUUCAGUAACAGAGUAAGCUCUGUAAGCUCUUCUGAUAUAAACCUCAGCGGCAGCAGCAGCGAUCCAUGGGUCUGA